AUGGCCCAGUCCCUGUGCCUGCCGCUCUCCGAGGCCUGGAUCUUCCCCACGGGCUGGGGCGCAGCUCAGCCGCCGCCACCCUCCGACAGGGGUUGCCGCUGGUCCCCCGCCUCGUCCCCGAACUCCUGGGGCAGCGCCCCGGCCAGCAGCCCCGUGCCGAGCCCUGGGCCAGCCGGCGCCCGCUCGGCCCCCCGCGCCCCUCGUGCCGGGAGGCGCGGCGCCCGGAGCGGCCGCCUGGGCAGCGGGCAGCGGCAGAGCGCCAGCGAGCGCGAGAAGCUGCGCAUGCGCACGCUCGCCCGCGCCCUGCACGAGCUGCGCCGCUUCCUCCCGCCGUCCGUGGCGCCCGCCGGCCAGAGCCUGACCAAGAUCGAGACGCUGCGCCUGGCCAUCCGCUACAUCGGCCACCUGUCGGCCGUGCUGGGCCUCAGCGAGGACAGCCUGCGGCGCCGGCGCCGCAGCGACGCGGCGCUGCCCCGGGGCUGCCCGCUCUGCCCCGACGGCGGCCCGCACCUGGGCUCCGUCGCUCCCGCCGCGGGGUCCUGGGGAUCCCCGCCCGCCUGCCCCGGAGCCCCAGCGGUGCCCGCGCCGCCCUACGACGAGGCCGCGUGCCCCGAAGGCCUGGCGGUGGGGCCGGGUCCCUCGUCUCCGCUCUUCCCCAGCCACGUGCUGUCCCAGCUGGAUACCUGGAUGCCCCCCUCGCCCCUACAGUGGCCUCCGGUCUGAGUGGUUGAAGUGACAACGAAGGACAACUGGCGCCCUCUGUAUGAGCACUGCAGCCUUCUUGGCCUCAGCACCUUUGAAGGGGUCCUACCCCAGACCCCCUCUCCUGGCCGGGGGCACCAGCGAGGCCGACAAGCACAUUCCUGCCGGUGAGAGCCCGUCCCCACCAGGACAACCUCCCCGAGCCCCCCGCAGUCGGGACCCGUAGAGUAGACACUUGGAGGCAGGCAGGAGGCUCUGCU